AUGACUUCAAUUGAAAAAGCAAACAACUUGUUAGUUGAUUUACAUGUAAAAUACAUUCAAUCUCUUGAUACGAAAAAAGAUGAUUUAGAAUAUUGGUUUACAGAACAUCUUCGUCUUAGUGGUGUUUAUUGGGGCUUAACAGCUUUAGAUUUAUUGAAAAAUGUUAACAUGCUUAAUAGAGAAGACGUGGUGAAGUAUGUGGUUUCUUGUGGAUUUGGUGGACAUAUUGGUCAUGAUCCACAUUUGACACAUACUCUUUAUGCUGUACAAAUUUUGGUUAUUGAAGAUGCUUUAGAUUCUGUUAAUACUGAGAAGAUUAUAGAAUAUGUCAAAUCAAGACAAGAUCCCCAAACGGGGGCAUUUACUGGUGAUGAAUGGGAAGAAAUUGAUACUCGAUUCUCUUAUUGUGCAAUUUCAUGUCUUUCUUUAUUAAAACGUUUAGAUGCAAUAGAUGUUAAAAAAGCUAUUGAAUUCAUUAUGCUUUGUAAAAAUUUUGAUGGUGGAUUUGGUAAUACUCCUGGAGCUGAAUCUCACGCUGUCUUUUGUUGUGUUGGUGCAUUGGCAAUUGUAAAUUCUUUACAUUUGGUUGAUGCAGAUUUACUUGGUUGGUGGUUAUGUGAAAGACAAUUGAAAAAUGGAGGAUUGAAUGGAAGACCUGAAAAACUUGAAGAUGAUCCAGAAUCUGGAGGAAUUGCUGAUCGACCAGGUGACAUGGUUGAUGUAUUUCAUACUCUUUUUGGAAUUGCAGGAUUAUCAUUGUUAGGAUAUCCAGACUUAAAAUCAGUUGAUCCAGUUUAUUGUUUACCAAAAUAUGUUGUUCAAAGAAUUGGUUUAGCAGAAAGAUAUCAUGUGUAA